AUGAUAAGCGUUCGAAACCGGUUCCCACCGGGAUGCAAUUGUCUGACAGCACAGAACAAAAAUAAUGAAAAAGUGUUCCAAAAAGCAAAGAAGAGUCGGAAUAUGAAAGCUACAGGAGUGAUACUGGCAGCAGUGGCCACUGUUGCGAUCACUGUCGUUGUGUCCAAUUCAGUUCACAAGGCUUACUUUUCUCCUUCGAAAUUGGCCGCCAACACAUCCGUUGCGUCAGCUGUCCGUGAGCUCAUCAAUGUUGAAAACAUCCGGACAACUUUACAUGCUCUUACCAAAAAAGCUCAUGUCGCCGGAACUGAUAACAAUUUACAAGUUGCUGAAAUAAUUAAAAAUCAAAUGAUCAACCAAGGACUUGAAGGUGUACAUUUUAACGAGUACAAUGUGUUAUUAUCUUAUCCAAAUUGGACUUCUCCAAAUCGUGUGGAAAUUUUGGAUGAAACUGGAAAAGUAGUGCAUCAAACAUCGGGAAGGAGCAUAGCUCUGAUAAAGGAAGAGCAAAAUGAUCCGUUUUCUGAAAUUCAAUGGCUUGCCUAUUCUGCUGCUGGAAAUGUAGAAGGAGACAUUGUUUAUGUGAAUAGAGCUACCCCAAAAGACAUUGAACAUUUGGAAUCAAUGGGUAUUGACUUGAAGGACAAGAUAUUGUUAGCCAGAUACAGUUCAAACUUUCGUGGAAACAUUGCUCAGAUGGCAGUCAGGAAAGGAGCAAAAGGGUGUUUGAUAUAUUCUGAUCCAAUGCAAGUAGCCAGUCUCGGUACUGGAAUAAAUGAAACAUAUGGCAGAACUGACAAAAUGCCACCACAUGCAGUUCAAAGAGGAACUGUUCUCAUUGGUUUUGGUGACCCACAAACACCUGCAUUCCCAUCAAUUGGUGAUCUUUACAAAGAAAAAACAGAGAAAGAGUUGAUAAACGAGAAGAAAAUUCCGACUAUCCCCAUGUUACCAAUCCCUUAUUCUGAGGCGCAAAAACUAUUUGAGAACAUGAAAGGAGACGCUGUGAUUGCUGACUUUCAAGGCAAACUGAACGUCACGUAUCGUUACGGCCCAGGACUGAUAAAUAAUCAGAAACUCCGAAUGAUUGUGCACGCAAGAAAUGAAGAACGAAAAAUUCAAAACGUCUUGGGUUACCUAAGAGGAAAUCAAGAACCGGAGAAGUUUGUUCUCGUCAGUAAUCAUUAUGAUGCUUGGACAUAUGGAGCAGUUGACCCAAACAGUGGAACCACAACUCUUCUCGAAGUUUCCAGAGCAUUGAAAGAAUAUCAGAACAAGACUGGUUGGGUACCAGCAAGGUCAAUUUUGUUUGCACAUUGGGACGCUGAAGAAUAUGGCUUAAUCGGCUCAACUGAGUUCUGCGAGGAAUUCCGUACCCAGCUAAUGCGAAGGGCUGUAGCUCUUAUCAACAUGGAUUUGAUUGGAGGAAAUCAAACACUACUUGGUCUAUCAAAUCCCACUGUUGCAAACGUUCUCCGAGAAGCUGCUGCCAGUAUAGACCAUCCCAAUCCAUCUGAAGUUGAGAAGGGAAGAAUGACGCUGUAUGAUUCUUGGAAGUACUUUGAGCCGUCGAGAAACAAUCGAUCAACUCAUCCAUAUCAACGAAUUCCAGCUGGAGGAAGUGACCAUUUGCCAUUUUUCGAUUAUUUGGGAAUCCCAAUCGUCUUCUUUAUCACGUCAUCUCUUGACGCCCCACCAACAUAUCCACUGUAUCACACGAUAUACGAAACACCAUACUUGAUUGAAAAGAUUUUGGAUCCACAAUUCCAGAUGCACAAAGCAAUUGCUGGAAUGUUUAUUGAAAUGAUAGUGAAGUUCACGGAGAGCAAGAUUCUUCCAUAUGACUUAAAAGAAUUGAUGGAUGACACUUCGUUCGACUACUUGCCAAGAAUUCAAGCACACAUCAAUAAAGCAAAAUCUUCUGGAAAUGUGACAGAGUACUUAAAACAAGGACAAAAACAAUUAGAUUUGUUAAUUAAAACUGUACAGGAAUUGUCUGAAAUUGUGGUAAGAAGAAAUAUUUCGAAAUUGAGUUCGCUUCCAUUUGAUGCUCGAGUAAACGAGAACAACCGGUUAAUUGAAUUUGAGAAAUGUUUUAUUAAUCCGCAUGGAGCCACUGGAAACCCACAAGCGAGGCAUCUAUUAUUCCACCCCAGCCCUGAUAACUGGUAUGACGGAGAUGCCAUUUCUCAAGUGCAUGAUGUCAUUACAAAAAUUGAAACUUCUCUCGACGAACAGAAGUUAGUGCAGCUUUCAAGACAAUUAGCUAAAGAAAUUUCCUUAGUCCAUCUUGCAUUUAUUUGUGCCAAGCACUCACUCAACGACUUCUUUACUAUGUAA